UGGCAGGGAAAAAUGUGCCAGGAUCAGCCUUGGGGAUCUUUGAAUCUCUUUACUGCCUGGCCGGUCGGCAGCUCCGAGGGGUGGGGUUGCAGAGGUUUUGCGUUCUCAGGCUAGGCAUUGGCAUUGCACCCCUCCCUCCCCGUGGCAACGAGGGUGGCUGAAGGGCUUAACUUGUCGGCGGGGCAGCAAGAACUCGGUGCGCGCGCCGGAGAGGUAGCAGCCGUUGGGACGUGACGCUGGUUCCCAGGGGAAAGCCAGCCGCUGCUGCGGCACUGGUUCAGACGGCCAGGCCCUUGGGACCCACCAUGAAUCCUGAAGAUACCAAAUCUGAGUCGUCCAAGGCACCUUCAGGGAGCUCGAAACAACCAGAGACUGCCACAGACCUGGCAAGUGGCAGCAAUGUCGUGAGUUCUGUACCCAAGGCACAGCGCGACAAGUCAGCGAAGACCGCACCCCGGAAGCACUCUGCCGUCUCAGUUCGCACAGUGCAGUCUGUAGCCCCCGCACGUCCCAAAGGCAGCGAGGGCACUGCACCCUCAAGGAAAGCCACCGAACGCCCACCCCCAACGCCCUCUGCACCCACUGAGUCCAAACUCUUAAAUGAGACAGCGAUCAAAGAGCGUGCGGAGGGCCGAGCCAAAGUCCCGUACAAAUUCAGGGACAGCCUCAAGCGUUUUUUCUUCUCGCCCACUGGAAUGUUGAAGAUCCUGAGAAUGAGUCUUAUCAUAGGAGCAUUAGCUUGUUUCAUCAUCGCCCAAGCCAAUGAGUCAUUUAUAGCAAUCACAAUUCUGGAAAUCUGCAUCGUCGUUUUUUUUAUGCUAAUAUAUAUGCUAACCCUUCACCACUUGCUGACCUAUUUACAUUGGCCCUUACUUGAUCUUACCAACAGUAUCAUUACAGCUGCGUUCCUCUCAGUCAUUGCCUUCUUGGCCAUGCAAGAAAAGAAAAGAAGACAUUUAUUCUAUGUUGGAGGGUCCCUGUGUCUCACAGCGGUAAUCGUGUGUGGCAUCGAUGCGUUUGUGGUCACCAAGACGAUGAGGACUAACUUGAAAAAAUUCCUGGGAGUCGAAGUCGAAAGCACGGUUUCCCCUGCCGGGGAUGCCUACCCUGAAACUGGCCCCGACGCCCCGCAGAGGCCCGCCUGACGCCAGCCCCGCGCCCUCUCAGAUGCAAGUUUCUGUCGAAUCGCUCCCUCUGAGCCCACCCCCGAGCUCGCAUGCUGUCACCCAUUCCGGCCUAAAUGUGACCAUAAAAUCAGGGCUGCUGCUUUUAUUGAGAA